GAAGCACAUUGCAGUUGGCCAGUAAGGGAAGAUUUUUUUUUAGAUUUUUUUAUAAUCUUUAUGAUCUGAAGGAUCCAGAGAAGUAUACAAACGGCAAUAUUGGAUAUUUUAUUUUCAGAUUGUCAAAAUGUCCAGAGUUGCCAAUCUGUCGAAGCUGCGACAAGAGAGGAUGAGGGAGAUCAACCUGCGGAAUAAAGAGAGAGAGCGCAUGAGGGAGCGAGAGAAGGAGGCAAGGGAGAGGGAGGCACGUUACAGCAAUGGUCAUCUCUUCACGUCAUUGACAGUGUCAGGAAACACACUCUGUUCAGCAUGCAACAAGAGUAUUACUGCCAAGGAGGCGCUCAGCUGCCCUACAUGCAAUGUCACUAUCCACAACCGCUGUCGAGACACUUUGCCAAACUGCGCCAAAAUGAAACAGAGGCAGAAGAUGGCCCUUUUGCGGAAUAACUCAGCCGUACAGAAUGUCACGCUGCGCACAAAAACUCCAGGAAUGCGCGAGCGUCCAAGUUCAGCCAUCUACCCUUCUGACAGCUUCCGACAGUCCCUGCUGGGAUCCCGCCGUGGUCGCUCCAGCCUAUCCCUGUCCAAGAGUGUCUCCACCAACAACAUUGCAGGGACCUUGAAUGACGACUCUCCCCUCGGGCUGCGCAGAAUCCUUUCCCAGUCUACAGACUCCCUCAGCUUCAGGACCAGAGCUAUGUCAGUGGAGUCUCUCAAUGAUGACGGAGACAUGUACUAUACAUCAGUAUUGGAGGAUCUGGAUCUGGAGGGCCAGGACUUUAAGGCUGACUCAUGGAGCACGGCUGUGGACAGCAGCUACUUGCAGACACGCAUCAAAAACGUCAUCAAGAGGCAGGAUGUAAUCUAUGAGCUGAUUCAGACAGAGCUGCACCACAUGCGAACGCUGCAUAUCAUGGAAAGGGUGUUCCGGCAAGGCAUGCUGGAGGAGCUUCAGCUGGACCUUUGCACUGUAUAUGCCAUGUUCCCCUGCCUGGACCAGCUGACCAGGAUACACUCCCAUUUCCUUGCACAGCUUCUCCUGCGGCGCAACAGCAGCCUGCAGUAUGGAUCCAGCCGCAACUUUACCAUUCACCAGCUGGGGGACAUACUACUAGAGCAGUUCUCCGGCCAGUGUGCAGACGAGAUGCGGAAGACCUAUGCUGAAUUUUGUAGCCGCCACUUGAAGGCUGUCAAAUUGUACAAGGAACUGCUUGCCAGAGACAAGAAGUUCCAGUGCUUCAUACGGCGGGUGAGUCGCGGACCCCUGCUACGUUGCCAUGGUUUUCAGGAGUGCAUCUUGUUAGUGACUCAGCGGAUCUCCAAGUAUCCUGUCCUUGUUCAUCGCAUUCUGGAGAAUACCACCGAUGAUGACGAAGAAUUCUCUUCUCUGGCCCAGGCUCUCUCCAUGGUCAGAGAACUUCUUAGUUCAAUAGACCAACAGAUGGAGGACCUGGAGAAAACACAGCGUCUGCAAGAAAUCCAGGCCAAGCUGGACCCGCGGGCUGAGGCAAGGGUAAGGGAUGGUGGACUUUUCAAGCCUGGAGAGUUGUUCCGCCGGAGACUUGUCCAUGAUGGGACCCUUUUCUGGAAAACCCCAGGAUCCCGACUCAAAGACACUCAGGUCUUAUUGAUGACAGACAUCCUGGUGUUUCUGCAGGAGAAAGACCAGAAAUACAUAUUUCCAUGUCUGGACAAAUCUCCAGUACUUUCCCUUCAGAACUUGAUAGUGAGGGAUAUAGCCAAUCAGGAUCGUGGCAUGUUCCUCAUCAGUGACUCCUCUCCUCCUGAGAUGUACGAGUUCCACGCUGCCUCAAAGGAGGACAAAAACCUCUGGAUACGCCACAUCCAGCACACCGUCAGCAAGUGCCCAUCACGAGAGGAGUUCCCCCUCAUAGAGACUGAACACAAGGCCCAUCUUAGGAGACUCAAAGCUGACCUCCAGCAGAAGGACCGGGAAAUGCUGGAGCUCCUGCAGGAGAGGGUGACUCUAUUCUGUGAGCUGGCAGAGGUGACAAGUGGUCAGGAGGCCCUACAACCUGCCAUCACACGCUACUUGUUCAGGGCAGACACACCCCAAGCUCCCCGUGCAGAGAAACUCCUAUUGGAUGCCACAGCUGAGGUCGACAGGUUGAGUGAACUUCUUCUGGGUUCCAGGGUGGACAUCCCUCUUCCAUCCAAUCAAAACCACAUGGAGGUGGUAGAAACCAGUGAUCAGGAUCUGUUGGUCAAUGGAGCACAUGAUUUCUUAGCAUCAAAGGGUUGCAUGAGGAAUCAAGACAAGUCCCCGCCUGCAAAGAUCUAUCAGAGGCUGGUGAAUCUCAGUGUUUACCUCCAUGCACUCCAGGGUGCAGUUAUCAAACAAGACUCCAUUUUGGAGCUGUUGCUGCAGCCACAGGAUAACGUGGCACCAGCUGCAGGAGGAGCGUGCCGCCCUCUCUGGCGAGAUGGUGGAAAUCGUGAAGCCAAUGCAGGGUCAAGCAUCGGGGAGCUGGCUCUUUUGCAGAGACAACACAGCCUGCUUCAGGAGGAGCUGCUGAGGCUGCGAGAUGCGGAGAACCGGUUCAAGGACAGUGAGAGGGCCCGGGCAAAGCUGGAGAGGCAUGUCCGACACAUGAAGGUCUGCAGCGGGGCUGCACCUGCCUCCCAGCAGCUAGAGGAGCUGUCUUCUCAAACUGACUCUCUGCAACCAAGAAAGGGGCUCUCAACUGGAGCUGACACCAUGUGGGCCCACCAAUCAGAUGGCCUCCAGGACGGCAGUGAUUUGGAGGUAGACAUGACAUCAGAUGAUGAUGAUGACACAGCAUCUGAAAGCUCCAAGGACCUUCAAGAUAUUCCAGAGGAGAUCUGAUUCUCGCCAUGUUUCACAGUAAUAAAGAGCUUAUAGCUAUAGUUGACUAUGAUAGAAACAGAUUGAUUCCUACAAUCAGCAUGUCUAUCUUUUCUGCAAGUCUUAAUGUUUAUUUAGCUGCUUUGGUUUUCAGUAAAUGGCUUGUGACAGUGAGUUGUUUUUUAAUUGUUCAGUCAUUCUAUGGAUUGUUUGAUGAUUUAUUACCACCACUUGGGUUGUUAAAAAUGCUCAUGUUUUCAACAUGAGCAUUUUCUAAUCUUCAAACAUUCAAAAAUAACUGAAUUCAAUACUGCCAUAAAGGCCCUUAAGACAGCAACACACUGAAAUACCCGGAAAAAAAAUACAUAACCACCAAAAAUGUAAAGCAAUCCAAUACAUUUGCCCUGCAAUAACUGCUGCUUUUACAAUGCUUAUCUCAUUAUGGUUUGUCCCUGUCAGAUCUUAAAGUAGAAGUUGUAACUUCUAAAAAUAACAGCUAUGUCAGUCACUUAUGAAACCAUUUACCAUUGCUGAGGUCUGGCGUCACUAUGGCCUGAGCAUGAACUUAUGUCACUGCCACUCUGUGGAUCCAGAAAAGGCUUUUGUGCCCUCUUCUCAGAUUUAAGGCUUUGAGCAGCUAUAAUCAAUAUGUUCAUAAUCACUAUGUAUCAACUGAUCCAUUGAAAAAGGUGUGAAAAUGCUGGUGGUUAUCAGCUGAAUCUACAGCUCUUCUCAGCUUCUCAAUUCCAACUCUCAAUUACAUUUAGAAGGAAAUGUAUUUUCUCCAGGAUUACAGUCCCAGUUUUAAACGCUGCCAAUCCAAACAAAAUGUAUAUGAAUCAAAACUUUAGUUUAGUUUAGUAAAACAUCAUGGUUUGGCUUAAAAAAUAUAUAUAUGUUUUUGUUACGUUAUUUAAUUUACGGACGUAAAUAAAAACAAGUGGAUGUUGAAUUUUUGGUUUCAUACAGUCCUGAGGUCAUUAUACCAUCCCUGACAAGAAGUCCUCGAAACUAAACAACAUAAUAUCAUUAUGAUUAAAACCAGUUUAUAGGUCAGUUAUGAUUCAUAGGUCUGUAAUUUGGUCUUCUACGCUAUAGUUAAGGUACUGGUUGAAUCAUCAUUUUAUAUUGGUAGGAGAGAGACAGUGGUUGUCCCAUCAUCUAACUGAACUUCCACCCUAAAAGUUUUCAUCCCAAUACUCACACCUGCUGAAUUUCUAAAUUAUUUACUUAAAUAACUGCGUGUGCAUUAAGACUGCUGUGGAUUGAGGUUCAUCAGAGCGCACUUAAAUACUUGGCUCUGUCAGAGACGUAAUAUUAUUUUAAAUGCAUUUGUAGGUAAAUCGUAUGCAAAAUGUAUUUUGACAAUGUAAUUCAUGAGUCCAGCAUUUCAUAAACUUCAACUUGUUUAUGUCUGCUGAUGUUAGUCCUAAAACCUGGAUGGAUAGAUUAUGUAUUUGUUCAAAGACAUAGCAGUGCUCCUCAGAAGAUCCUCCAUCAGCUUCAGUUGAAAUGAGUGUUCAGUUUUCAAUUCAAUUCAAUUCAGUUUAUUUUGUAUAGCCCAGAAUCACAAAUUACAAAUUUGCCUCAGAGGGCUUUACAAUCUGUGCACAUGCGACAUCCUCUGUCCUUCCCUCAGUGUUACAGCCAGGAGGUGUUCCAUGGGCAGAAAUAGUGCAGAGUUCUGGAACACAGUUCUGGAAACUUAUAGGGGCUUUACAUUUGAAUGAUUUAAAUGAUUUUAUAGAUAGUCAGGAAUCUGCUUGGCUUGAUUGUUUUGCAUGUUAUCAAACCUAACCUCUCCAUUUUCUUACUACUGCAAUAGGAAAUAGCUUUUAGAUUUACUGUGUUUUUCUUCUUAACAGUUUGUAUUGUAUGUUAGAACUGACUGAUUGCAGUAGAGUAACACAAAGAAGGAGCAGACAAACUCAACUCUGUCUGCCAAAUGAAUGUAAUAUAAUAUUCAGAAUAUAGCUUUUUAGUGGAUUUAAAUGUAAAUGUUGUUUGAACACGAUUUUGAGAUUUGCAAAUGUUUCUCUGGCUGAAAAAUGAUUGUGAACUUUCCACAGUUAUCCUUAUAUUAGAAUUUUGCGAUGGCGUGUCUACUUUUCUGCUAAAUGUAUUUUAGGCUUCAAUCUCUCAGAGUGACAUCUCUCUGCCUUAAAAGGCAGGGUGAAAACAAUAUUAGAUGGCAAAUACUGUUCAAAGCCAACAUAGUAAUGACGUGGGUAAGGUAUUAUGAAGUCAGCAGAUGCUUUAAUUGUCAGUGACACUGCAAGGCCGAACCUAAAACAAGGGCUGUACUUACUGUUGUACAACCUUUUGUCAUUCAUGUAAUACCAAAUGAAAAAAUAAAAUCAUGUCCUACAAAAUGUAUCUGU